AUGGCUGUCGCGAAGCGGCAAGACUCGGCGUCGUCGGACCUUAGCAGGGGCUCAGAGAGCGAGCAGUCGACGGCUCUGUCCACCCCCGAAACAAGCAGACCACCUUCGCUCUACUCGGCAAAGCCAGUGUCAGCGCAUGGGGACCCAGAGGAAGAAGAAGGCAGUCGGGAGUUACAGUCGUACCUCGACGAGAAUGCUGGGUAUGCGGACGGAGAGAAGGAGAAGCGAGCGAGUAUGGGCCGAGACAGGGAGUUCAACAUGAAGACACCCACACCCGAGACGUACCGCAAGAAGCGCAAUGCACUAGGCAUGACGAUGAGCGCCCCAGCCGAUAGCGGCAAGACGGCGACGGCGUCGAGCAGUACCAUCUCUCCCAAAGGGACCGGCAGCGGUAGCCAAACGCAGAUGGCCACUGCCGUUGAAGACGUCUGCGAGCGUCCCUGGCAGAACGAAGUCGACCGAUGGAAAGGCCAGGGGGAUGCAUGCGGCCUCAACUCCAAGCUCGAGACACUUCUUCGUGCUUCGGCGCUGAUGCAGGAUGAAGAGACGACGUCGGAGAGCAAUGAUGAAAGCGAAGCCGACGCUGACGCCGACAGAGCCUACCGUCCUAACCAAGAGACCGGAAACAAACGUCUAGGAGAGGAUCUCUACCACGACAAGACACCCUCUGCGGCUCCCAAGCACGAAUAUCUAGCUUCACUAUCUCCGCGGUCCGAGCUGCCGGCAGAGUCGUCUUUAGAGUCGAAAAAGUCAAAGAACGAAGGGGCCGAAGCGGGUGCAUCCAACGUCAGCUCGCCUGGGCCGUGGCGCAAGCACAUGGAUUACUUCUUCAGGCUCCAUCAGGCGAGAGCAGACGAUGCGGCUGCCAAGGGAAACCUGGACCAGUACGAGCAAGAGCGCUUCCUGGCCAACAAAGAGCUUAAGAGGCUUCGGCGAAGUGCAAGAAGAGAGGCAGAUGGACAGGAGGCAAAGGGGACUGAACAGAGAGGCAAAAGGACGAAAGCGAAGGGGAGAGAAAGGCUACCAUGGGGCCGAAGUCGUAGCUAUCAGUCAUCAAAGACUGACGGCGACUCUUCGGGAGACGAAGGGAAGGCCGGAAGAAAGGAUGCAAGAGGAGACGACCAUCACGGCCUUAAGCUCGACGGCGCAGCUCUGCAAAAGAUGCAGUCGCAUUCUGCCGACGAUGACCAUCUCAGCGUCAUCGAACGCGUCGCGUCGCGUGCAGAAUCGACAAAGUCUGGCAGAUCGUCAUCGCCGCCACCGAUAUCGACCGAGGGCGAAAGGCAAGCUGAAGAGGGGGGAAUUCAGGAUGGAGAGAGGAAAGCGGCGGAUGAUGAUGAUGAAGACGGCGAGGAGCACAUCCUCAUGAAGGGUGACGAGGAUGACGAAGAGAUCCAGUCGACAGCGGCGCGUCAACGCGCGUCGAGCAUAGGCAGCAAGGCUAGCAGCACGGGAUCUCAGCGCGACGAGAACAGCAGGAAGAACCUUAACGAUGACGAAAAGCUCCAGAUUCUUAUCUCAGAGUUCGGCGAGAGCCCUCCCGGCGAGUGGAAUGGCAACGAGGAGGAGAAAUUUAUUCGAGACUCCCCCGCCGUGCUGUUUCGAAGAGUUCUUAUAAAGGGAUACGCUGCCCUGACCUCGCAUCGACUCACUUUUCUAGCCUUCAUGUCCACCGCACCGUCUGAGAAUGCCGGUAUACCUGCGCAACAAGCCUCAGGACCCAACUUGGAUGGCGUCGAUCCAGCCAGCCUGGUGAUCCGUCGAGGGCCAGCCGUUGUGCACCGUCCUGGUCUGACGAAGCGCAAGCGCAAGGUCUGGUUCGAACUCACGCCUGAAGCCCUGACGGCAUAUCCCAGCUCCAAUGAGCUGUACGAGCCCUUGGCGAGCGUUCGAAACGUCGAGAUUGACGUCAUUCAACCUUAUCACGAGAAGCCGACGUGCGUCCAGAUCAAGGUGAAGGGCAAGAAGGGUGCUCUUCUCGAGUUCGAAACAGUGGAAGCAGCCUUGUCAUGGCAGCGCGAAAUCGAUGCAGCAGUCUGGCAUGCUCACUACGGUAGUGACAAGGUCCGCGUCUCGCUGCCUUUGGCCCGCAUCCUCGACGUGGAGACGACGACCAUCAUGAAUUUUGCCACAAAUCUCACAUUUACCGUCCUAGACACGCCGCAGCCAUCUGCAUACAGCACGAAGGAUCUCUAUCCCCAUACCCACAAGCUUCGUGACAAGGUACGCUGGCACGACAUUAAGAAUGACCCGACAAUCACCACUCGCAAAAUCGACUUUAGCAUCACGGAGGAGUGGCUUCAGAACAUGUUUGCCGACUUCACCAUGGCCCUUAAGGUGGGCAAAGAAUGGAGGGCGACGCAUGCGACACAGGACUGGCCUCUGGUCCCUUAUCCCACCAUUGAGAUCGAGGGCGGCCGAAGGCGCAGGGAAGACGGCAAGGACGAUGGCGACGGCGAGAGCGACGUCGAGGAGGUCAUGAACGACAAAGGUGAAGUGGCGGAAGACCAGCACGAGAAGGUGCGCAAACGCAUCAUCCGUGAAUUCAGCCUUGAGUGCCGUCCCGAUGAAGUCAGCAUCUUGAAAGCCGACAUCGUCCGCUCCAUCCCGUCUGGCGGCAUCCUCGCCAUUGGGCCAAAGUACCUAUGCUUCUAUAGACGAAGGACCAUGACGGGCAUGUCUGAUGUCCGAGUCAAGCUGCCCCUCGCUGAUAUUCAAGACGUACGUCUUUCGAAGGCCUACCGUUGGCACUAUCACGGUCUUCGGGUUCAGAUCCGCGCUCACGAAGACAUCCUGUUCGAAGUGCGAAGUGAGGAACAGCGAGACAAGGCCGUUGCAUGGAUCCUCGAUGCCGUCAAAGGACGCAAAGCAAGGCAGAAUUCAACCUUCGAGGAGCGCCAGCAGAAGACGAGGGAAGAAAGUCCAGCGAGGCGGCUUGCGCAGCAUUCGAGCCUCGAGGUACCUUCGAUUCCGAAAGAAGCCAUCAAUCUUCUGCCCAAGAUUGUCAAUGCUGCGCCAGGCAUGGUUCACAGAGUCAGCCCCAUGAAAAUCAUCUGUCUCACCAUUGGCAGUCGCGGCGACGUACAGCCUUAUCUCGCCCUGUGCAAGGGGCUACAAAAGCAAGGCCACGAGUGCAUCAUUGUCUCGCAUGCAGAAUACGAGGACUGGGUGGCCAAGUAUGGUAUCGCCUUUCGACCGGCGGGUGGCGACCCCAGCGUCCUUAUGAAGCUCAACGUCGAGACGAAGCUCUUUUCGGCCCAAUUCUUUCGCGAGUCAAUCGGCAAAUUUCGUCAUUGGCUCGACGAGCUGCUGCGAGCCAUUGCCGAGCAGUGCUAUGAUGCCGACCUCAUCAUCGAGUCACCUUCGACCUUUGGCGGCAUCCACGUCGCAGAGGCUAUCGGCUGCAGCUACAUGCGCGCAUUCACGAUGCCUUGGACGCGCACGACGUCGUACCCCCAAGCAUUCUCGGUCCCUUCAACCGACCUCGGCGGGCAAUACAACGCCAUGUCUUACACGCUCUUUGACCAGAUCCUGUGGCGUGCGUCGGCGGGCCAGAUCAACCGAUGGCGAAAACACAUGCUCAAUCUACCUUCCACCAAUCUUGACAAGCUCGAUCAGUCCUCGAUCCCGUUCAUGUACAACUUCUCGCCCGCUGUCGUGCCGCCUCCUCUGGACUGGGGCGACCGCAUCGAAAUCACUGGCUACUGGUUCCUCUCGAGCGAGGCUGAGAAGUGGCAGCCGCCAGAGGAGCUGACUGCCUUUCUGGAAAAGGCCAAGAGCGACGACAAGAAGAUCGCCUACAUUGGCUUUGGCAGUAUCACCAUUCCAGAUCCUACAGCGACAACAAAGGCCAUUUAUGAGGCUGUCAAGAAGGCGGACGUGCGAGCCAUCGUCUCGAAAGGCUGGUCGGCCAGGGGCUCCACCAAGAAGCAAGGUCAGGAAGAGAAGGAGCCAGAGGUGCCAGAGGAGUGUUAUGUCGUCGACAGCAUCCCCCACGACUGGCUCUUUCCACGCAUUGACAUUGCCCUGCACCACGGUGGGGCCGGCACCACCGGCGCAAGCUUACGCGCAGGCCUCGUAACGCUCAUCCACCCUUUCUUCGGCGAUCAGUUCUUCUGGAGUGGGAGGGUCGACAAGCUGGGCGCCGGGCUCAAGGUCAAUACUCUUGACGUCGACGACUUGGCUGCUUUGCUGGCCAAGGCGGCCAAAGAUCGAGUCAUGGUCGAAAAGGCCCAAAGGAUCGGCGAAGCGAUUCGGAGCGAGCGCGGCGUCGACAAUGCAAUCAAGUUCAUCAAUACGAACCUAGUGCUCUCGAAGCGGAAGAGACCAGCGAUGAGCCAAAAGGAUCUGCAAAGGCACCGACGACGCUCGUCUGUUGCCACGAGCAUGUCCGAAAGCGGAGCUAGCGAUAGCCAGAGCCAAGGCGGUCGUAGGUCAUCCUUUACUACAAAUUCUGCCUCUACGAGUGAGGCAGAGACGGACGAUGACGACGAAGAGGGCCUGGACGAGGGAGGUGAGCCAACGAUCCGAAACACGCAGACCAAUGCAAAAGAUCGGUCGAGUUGGUCCUUUAAUGGCCUCUUGAAGUCGGACAGCUGGAAGGCUGCGGCGAUCUACCCCUUUGGUGCUGCGAGCCGUACCUCUGGAUCGGUGGUGAGCAAGUCGACGUCGAUCCCGAAAAAGAUCAAAUCGCACACCUCUGGUCUUGGCGGGCAGUCUGAUGCGGAGGAAGAAGAGGAGAGUGGGCAGAGGGUUGCUAGCCCUCAACCUAUGUCUCGAUCAGCCUCUACGGCCUCGCAGUCUUCGUCGUCUUCGUCGUCACCGCUCAAGAAAGACAGCCGGCCCAUGAGUGGCACAAACUCCCCUCGGCUCGCACCCGAUUCUCCAACGCUCGCCCCUGAGGGUACAACUGGGGAAAGGAGAGUCAGUGGUGGCGGCGAGGUCGACGGAUCGUCGAGCCCGAUGCGGAGGGGCUCGUCGAUGCUCCAAAUGCACAAGAACCUGCACCUCAUGCCCUCAAUGCCCCACUUCUCAAUGCCGCACCUGCCCAACGUGAUGCGAAGCGCCAGCAUCGCGGGCCUCUCUGGCUCGGGCUCUGGCGCGAAGGAAGGGGAGCGCAGUCGUAAAGAAUCUCGUGAGGGCGGGACCGAACCGACUGAAGAAGAAAGGGCCGCACAGGCGCGGACGCACAAGACGGCCAAGAUUGAGGAUGAGCGGAGAAAGGGGCUGCUGGUUGACAAAUGGAAAGCAACGGAUCGGUGGGAUCUCGUCAAGCUUUGGGACCCGGACACUGUCGAGCUCGAUGAGGAGGGUGCCGCAGCGGCGAUAGCUGCAGCGACUUGCCAGCCUUCUUCGGCGAGCGAGGAUGAGCGCGAGGGUGGGAGAGACCACUUGAAAAAAGGAGAGAAACUUCGCAAAUUGCAAAGCGAAUCAGUGACGCAUCUGUAG